UUUGGUAUCAGUAUUGUUAGCGCAGCGCCAAAAAUCUCCGGCAUCGGCGGUGGAGGUAUUGCUGGUGGUAGUGGGGGUGGUCGUGGUGGUGUUGUUGUUGCUGUUGUUGGUGGUGGUGGUGGUCGUGGGGGUGGUGGUGGUGGUGGUCGUCGUCGUGUUGGUGAUGUUGGUGGUCAAGUGGUGGUGGUAGUGGGGGUGGUGGUGGUGGUGGUCGUGGUGUUGGUAGUGGUGGUGGUCGUGGUGGUGGUGAUGGUCAAGUGGUGGUGGUAG